CAUUCAAAGAACAGCUGCUCCUCUCUAUCAAAAUGAAAAUCACCAUUGUCCUUCUGGGUUCUGUCCUCAUAUGUUCAGCUUUGGCCUAUGCCUGGGAGGGUCCUGACUAUGAAGAGAACAGCCUUGAAAUGGACCAAGGUGGCGAAGCCAAACUACCUGGUGUAUGCUGGGCGUGUAAGUGGGUCUUAAACAAGGUCAAGAAGUCCAUCUCUAAAACGAGCAAACAGGAUGAGAUUGGAAAGAAACUGCAAGCUACUUGUGACAAAAUAGGCUUCCUCAAGUCUAUGUGCAAGCGUUUUGUUAAAAAAUACCUGCCGGAGUUGGUAGAGGAGCUUUCCACUACUGAUGAUGUGACAACCAUCUGUGUUACUGUGAAGGCCUGCAAGCCAAAGCAACUAAUAUACAUUUGAGACACCGAUAGGAAGACAACCACUUUGGAACCUCUUCAAUUGUUGGCAAAAGCUGUUGAUCUUUAUGGUCCAGCGCAUUUCAGUUUCUGCAUUUCAGUAUACUCUUAUUUAAUCCUUUUACCUGCUUUAGCAUAAAUGAACAGCAUAAGCAUUUUGUGAAGAUUAAACUGGGUUUAAAUAAAUGGCAUUGUUGUUAAGAUUUUCAUAUGAAUGACUCCACAG